UACAAGCCAGAAUACAUCACUUCACUCGACUGCAAAAUACUACAGUAUCAAUAUGCAAUCACCAAGCUCGAGGUGUUUAUCAAAAGCAUCCGUCGACUUUCCGAACAAUGCGCAGAAGGAAGAGCUUUACCCUUAAUGCACUACAUAGUGCUCUUGUCGGGUUCAGUAUUUGCUAUCAGUGAAAAUUCGUUCAACGCCAAGUUGGAUUUGCUUUCAAACUUCAAAUUGUUCAAACCCACAACUAUCAACAUCUCUACAAUUUCAAGUCAUAUUCCCUACGAUUUGGCAGAUACUCCAGUAGGAAUCUUGACGGAUCUUCCUAAACUUCCUGCGGCCUUGAAGACGAUGAAAGCUCUAGAUUCUCUAUGUAGCACUUGUUUACAAGCCUAUCAGAAGAGAUUGGCACAGGCCAAAGUAGAGCAGUCCAAAAUGAUCAAGGGUGAUGCUAGCAAAUACUACCUGGAUUUGACUAAAAUAGUCGGCAAUGAGAUCUUCUGUACCGAUAAAGACUUUGACUUGACGUUGAACGACUUGUCUUUCAAAUUACCCAAAGAUAAGGCACUUAUGGAAAACGAAAAUUUUGUAGAGGCAUCGUUGAUAGACAUCGAUGUUAAGAUGGUUUUCUUGCUCAAUAAGCAGAUCGACUCCAUAAUGACUCAGUUGAGACCCAUGAUCUCUAUGUAUAAAACCUUGAGACACACCCCAGCCAAGACCAUAGACGAAUACGCCUUGCACAAGAUCUUUCUUUUAACUUUACGACUUAAUGACAUCUACACUAUCUUCCGAAGGUUCGGCAGAAAAAUCUUCUUAUCUAACUACUCGCAUUUGACGGACUCCAAGUUCUUGUUUCAAGCAAAAAAUGGUAACUACUUUAAAUCAGCUAUAUUGGGUGGUGUAGAUGAUACUUUCAACACUAUGAAGAAGAAUGGAAUGUUGAUUGCUAACUUGACACGUUUGAUACGUCAGGAUUCACGUUUUGAAAUCAAUCUCAAGAACAUAAGCGACUUGAUAAACUUCGUAAACCAGGGCUACCUCAUGAUGGAAACUUCCUUGGAUAAAUUUGACGAGUUUGGCCAGGAGUGGAUUGCAUUAGAAUUACGAUUCAGAAAGGUAUACCAGCUUCCUAGGAGAAACCUAUUUGAGAUCUACCAGGAGUAUCAUGAAGUAAAACCAGCACCAGUGAAUACGGGAAAUAUAAAAGCUCCAGUUCCAACUAUCACCACCAGUUCUGCUACAAAGACAGGGGAAUCUGUGCUAGAGGCAUUCCCAUCUGUAAGCAAGUCCAGUAAUGCUGGUGUCAAUGGAUUGGAAAAGAGCAUGAAAAAAUUGGAGAUAGAACCUCCUAAAACUAGAGGCUCUAGAUCUUCUUCUGUUUCGAGUAUCACAAGCAAUGGUUCAAUCAACAAGCCGUUGAUGAGAAAGAAUUCGUUGAAUUCUCCCAAUCGUAAUUCAAUGUUGAUACCACCUAGUAGUGCUGCUAAUGGAAAAGCUUCCCCUGUACGAUCCAGACCAAACUCCAUGCUCUUCAUGAAUGCCAAUGGAUCCAUGUCUACGAUUGAGGGCCCAUCUCCUUCAACGCUUACCAACAGUAUAGUUUCACCGGCUGCCACUAGACGUAGAUCCAACUCUCAGCCAGUGAGGGGCAGUCCCAACAUCAAUGACGCUAUUGCCACGUCUGGAGCAGCCACUGCUUUGACGAGAAACAACACCAUUUCUUCCCCAUUGAAAUCUCCAUCUGGUACUGUAAUUCGCAAACCUGCUGCGAAUGGAGUCAAUACCAAGAGCGUGAAUUCGCCAACUCCUUCCGUAAAUAAGAAUCAGAAGCAGUUGAAUUCUGUAGUAGAAGAAGUAGACUCUCCUCCUGUGAAUCCAGCAGCUGUGGCAGCAAAAUUGUCCGCCAACCAGAGAUUGCAACAGCAUUUGCGCCAGGCAGCAAAGUCGGGAACGUUGAUGACGCAACAGAAGGAGAUAUUUACCUCUGUGACGUUUGAUCCCAAUAGUCCCUCUUCUGUUCCUAUUAGGAAAUAUAUAGAUCCUCCACCAAAAGAGGUUUCCCCACCAGCUCCAGUUGAGUCACCUCCCAUUACUACUGCUAAUACAGCUACUGCCAAACCUCGCAGAACCAGAGAUCUGGUGACUAGAAGAAACACCCAGCACAACAGUGUAACUCGCCAGAUCGAUCCACUGUUUGAGACAGCUUCUUCUUCGUCUACAGACUCUUCAGGCAAUACCAGCAGUAGUGGGUCCAAGCGGGUGAGAUUCACGGGAGUUCCAGACUAUACCGAAGCAGAAGAUGCUCCUACCAAGUACUCGCAUACCAUCUUACGUAACUUUGCUGUGUUCAAGAGUCCUAUUCGAGCCGUAAGUCAAAAGCCUACGUUUAAAAAGAAGGAUGAGUUGCUCAAGAAAGAGGAGUCACUUUCCUUUAGAUACCAAGUCCACCACCAGCCUGCGGACGAAGACUUGGCAGCAUAG